AUGAAGCGGUUGAAACCGAGGCCUACCCUUCCGGAUGAUCUGAUUGGAUCCGAUUCCGUCUACUUCCGCAAGCCAGGCAACGAAUCCGUGAUCGGUGCUGGAACCUACGGCAAGGUCUUCAAAGCUCUGCACGUCUACACCAAGAACCUGGUGGCCCUGAAGAGGAUACGCAUGGAGGGUGAGAGGGACGGCUUCCCUGUGACGGCUGUCCGAGAGAUCAAGCUCUUGCAGUCCCUGCGGCAUAUCAACAUCGUCGCCCUGCUGGAAGUGAUGGUGGAAAGAAACGAGUGCUAUAUGGUCUUUGAGUACAUGUCGCACGAUUUGACGGGCCUUCUCAAUCACCCAACCUUUAAGCUCAAUGCGGCACACAGGAAGCACCUGUCCAAACAGCUCUUCGAGGCUCUCGACUACCUGCACCAGCGCGGCGUCCUGCACCGAGACAUCAAAGCGGCCAACAUUUUGGUCAGCAGCGACGGCAUCCUCAAGCUCGCAGACUUUGGUCUGGCCCGCUUCUACGCAAAGCGACACCAACUCGACUAUACCAACCGAGUCAUUACCAUAUGGUACCGACCUCCAGAGCUGCUCCUCGGCGAGACGCAGUACAGCCCUGCCGUGGAUAUAUGGAGUGCCGCCUGCGUCAUGAUCGAGAUCUUUACACGAAGAGCGAUCUUCGCGGGUGACGGCGGCGAGAUCAGCCAACUGGACAAGAUCUACUCGGUCCUUGGCACGCCACAUAAGUCUGACUGGCCAGGCCUGAUCGACAUGCCAUGGUUUGAGCUCUUGCGACCUGGUUUAAGGAAGCCGAACCUGUUUGAGGAGCAAUACAAGGAUAAACUGCCGCCUGCCGCGUUCGAUCUCAUGAUCGAGAUGCUUCGUUACGAUCCCGCCAAACGGCCAACCGCAGCCGAGGUGCUGGAGCACCCUUACUUUACCACGGAGGCACCGGCUCCGCGGCAAGUAAUUGAGUAUGCCCCCCUUCCCCUCUCCUUUUUUUUCUUCUUUUCCAUUCCUUUCUUCUUUCUUUUCUUCACCUUCGCCGUUCUUCUUUCCUCCCUUUCCUUGUGUUGA